GUCAAGUACAACGUGCGUGACUCUCUUCGCAUUAGUUUGUAUAUAUAAAUAAUCCACUGGGUUGAAGGCUUCCGAUGAGCUAUCAUGGUCAAAAAAGCUGAGUACCCGCUCGUCCUUCCGUUGUCUAGUUCUGGCAAGCCCGCUGCCUAUGAUGACUCUGGUCUAGAAUAUCAUUCCUCUGGUUCUUCUCUAAUCAGGAAAGCAAUUUCAAUCUCGCUCGCACUCUUGAUAACGGUGUUGCUAUUCCGACGUGAUUAUUUCAAACUUAUUCCGCGACUUGUAUCGGGAGGCUUGGACAGUCCGUCUAUUCUUUUCACCGAGUCACAACGAUUUUGGGGGCCGUACUCUCCAUACUAUGCUGUCGAAGAGUACAACCUGCCUCCCGACGGAUGCAGUAUAACGCAGGCAAGUAUAACUCUUCAGCGCCAUGGCGCACGUUAUCCGACCAGCGGCGCCUCUAAAACAAUCAAAGCAAGUUUGCAGAAGUUGUUGAAUGCCUCGGAGUAUACCGACAUGAACUUGGACUUUCUUCGUUCAUACCAAUGGCGCCUUGGUAAAGCCGAUCUUGUACCCUUUGGCGCCACGCAGUCAUUUCAAUCUGGUGCAGAAAUAUACCAUCGAUACGAGCAUCUUGUGAAUGAUCACAUGUUACCCUUUGUCAGAGCGUCUGGAGGAGAUCGCGUGGUAAAAUCUGCUGUCAAUUGGACUGAAGGCUUUGCCGAUGCAAGUGGACAGCUCUAUCAUCCAUCAGUCUCGGUCAUAAUACCCGAAACAGAGACAUCGAACAAUACCUUGCAGGACCACAUGUGUCCCAACUCACAAGCAUCACACGAUGAAGCGAACAUGUGGCGAGAUGUGUUCUCAGCUUCAAUCGUGCAGCGCCUCAAUACAGCUGCUGUCGGGGCUGAGAUUCUUAGCGAGGACAUUCCCGGGCUAAUGUCGUUAUGCGCAUUCGAGACUGUGUUUGAGGAGAAAGAAAGCCAAUUUUGUGAUCUCUUCUCUCUGAAGGAAUUCCGAGCCUAUGACUAUUAUCAAGACUUGCUGAAAUAUUACGACACAGGGUAUGGAAAUCCUCUGGGUCGUGUGCAAGGUGUCGGCUACGUGAACGAACUUCUCGCGCGUCUCAGGGGGAGACCUGUCGAAGAUCGCACGCAAACCAACUCGACUCUUGACUCAUCACCGAUCACGUUCCCACUCGACAAAACGGUCUACGUUGACUUCUCUCACGACAAUGAGAUGGUUGCCAUCUAUGGUGCACUUGGACUGUUCCCCCAAAUGCACCCUCCUAACCCUACAAAGGUUGGCCCGCAAUGGAAUUGGGUAGUUUCUCGUCUUGUGCCUUUCUCCGGGCGGAUGAUCACGGAAAAGGUGCAGUGUUUCGAAGCGGGGGUACCAAGAGAUUUCAUUCGGAUUCUCGUCAACGAUGCCAUCCAACCCUUGGCGUUCUGCGGUACAGGCGAUGGAUUGUGUGAGCUAGAAGCAUUCGUAGAGAGCCAAAGUUACGCUAGAAACAAUGGUGCCUGGUGAUUUUGAGAAAUGUUUUCCAUAGUAGAUUGUGACCCCCCUGUAGGGGGUUGAUAUGUUAUUAAUAGCUGACGUAACCGCGUAUGCUCCUUGGAUCGAGACGACA